CCACCUCUGCCUCUCUACCUCGUGAGCGACGAUGAGGAUUCUGCAGCUUCGGCAAAGUCGUUUGAAGAAGUCAGUCGACGGUUGCACGUCCCCGCGAUUCGGGGAAUAACGAUCAAGGGGGAAGAGAGAGAGAGAGAGAGGGAGAGAGAGAGGGAGAUAGAGAGGGAGGAGAGAGAGAGAGAGAGGAAAGAGAGAGAGAUAGAGAGAGAGAGAGAGAGACAAGCUCUGAGAGUCCCCGGUCUUCGACGAAGGGUUGUCGAACGAAUUUUCUUCCCUUUUUCGUUUUUUCCUUUUUCCCGCAAUCUUAUUAUCGCCGCUCGUUUUCUUAAGUUCGACACGCUCCACGAUCGGCUCCUUCGUCUCUUCUCCUUUAUCAUUUCGGCCGUUUGCUCAUCUGGUGCGGGAGAAAAUGCGCUGAGAAGCGAUCGAGCGAAGAAUGUCGAUGGACGAGACACAUGGGGGCGGCAUGGUUUCCGCAAUCCUUUCCUCGAUCGUGCUUCUUCUCCUGCUUGGACGCACCGUGGACGCUCAGAGGAGCUUGGAAUUCUUCGACCUUCUACCAGAAGAUCCCAAGUUGUACGAUAAAAUGCGACCACCAAAGAAGGAUGGACAGGCGACCGUAGUUUAUUUCCAUGUCACUGUUAUGGGUCUCGAUUCCAUAGACGAGAAUUCAAUGACCUAUGCAGCCGACAUAUUUUUCGCCCAAACUUGGAAGGACAACAGGCUACGAUUACCAGAAAAUAUGACAUCCGAAUACAGAUUGCUUGAAGUCGAUUGGCUGAAGAAUAUGUGGCGGCCGGAUUCAUUCUUCAAGAACGCGAAAUCAGUGACGUUCCAAACGAUGACUAUACCGAAUCAUUACUUAUGGUUGUACAAAGACAAGACUAUUUUAUACAUGGUCAAAUUAACGUUGAAGUUAUCGUGCGCCAUGAACUUCUUGAUCUAUCCUCACGACACUCAAGAGUGUAAAUUACAAAUGGAAAGUCUGUCGCACACGACGGAUGAAAUGAUCUUCCAGUGGGAUCCUGACGUGCCACUCGUCGUCGACGAGAACAUCGAGCUUCCCCAGCUCCAACUGGUUAAGAAUUACACGGCCGAUUGCACGCAGGUCUAUUCUACUGGUAACUUCACUUGCCUCGAAGUAGUGUUUGUCCUGAAACGUAGGCUCGGCUACUACUUGUUUCACACCUACAUUCCAACCUGCUUGAUCGUAAUCAUGUCGUGGGUCUCCUUCUGGAUAAAACCGGAAGCGGCGCCAGCCAGAGUGACGCUCGGCGUAACCUCCUUGCUGACCCUCUCGACGCAACACGCCAAGAGUCAAGCGUCCCUUCCACCUGUUUCGUAUCUAAAGGCCGUGGACGCUUUCAUGUCUGUUUGCACGGUGUUCGUGUUCAUGGCGUUGAUGGAGUAUUGCCUGGUGAACAUCGUCCUCGGCGACUCGGACACGCCCCCGAAACCGGCGCCACCACCUCCCCCGCCUUCCUCCAGCGGCCCCGAUUCCGCCAAGCUCGAUAAAAUUUUCGACAUCGCCACUAAGAAAUCGACGACCGGUCCACCGCCAGGCCCAACACCCGCACAGAAGGCGCGGAUGCGUGCCCUGAACAUCGAUCGGGUCUCCCGCGUCUUCUUCCCUUUCCUCUUCGCCGUGUUGAACGUAACUUAUUGGAUAAUGUUCGCCGAGUACAUUUAAGCCGUUGUGGAAAUCGAUCGCGGCAAACUCGAACAGACCGGAAACGUCGAUGCUGGGAAAGAAGAUAUCGGACGGAGCAAGUGUUUCUGAAAAAGAAAGAGAGAGAGAGAAUGAGAGAGAGAAGAAAAUGAAUCGAAGAUAUGAAAAAGUUCGAUCUGUGUCUUUUCGAAACAGUUGUAUUGUUAACAGGAAUGGAAAUGGUCAUUGAAUUGGAAUUUUUUUAAAUCUUAAAAUUGAAAUUGAAAUGUAAGUUUAUCAAUUAUUGUUUUUUGAUCGCUUGUUUUAUUUAUUACGUGUGCUGCAAUGAUAUUGAUUCAAUGGCCAGGAUAUUGAAACGAGGAUAAUGGUGCAAUUGCGAAAAAAGGGAUGAGAUGACAUCUGUUAAAAUGUAAUUAAGAACAAGAUUGGCAAGGAAUAUUGUUCGAGUAUUUUGAAAAUUUGAAAAUUUCUAUCUCUUUGCAAUUGAAUUCUUUUUUAUUAUUAUCUUUCCACUUCUCCAGAAAAGAGAAAUACUUUUUUUCAUUAUUGCAUCAUUAUUUUCCGUAUCAUCUGAUGAAAAAGAUAGAAAGAUUCACUUCGAUUCAUUGAUAGUAUGAUAAAGUACUUACUUGAAGAGUUUUUUAAUUGUAUGUAAUUGAUAUAAACUGUGCGACUAAUUCGUUGAAAGGCAACAAAAAAGCGAAUAAGUUGUAGUUUUCUUCUUGGAUUGUAAGGGGACGAAGCAAGGAAAAGAGAAGAACUAAAAAUAAUUGUAAGGAAUAUGGAAUUAUUUGAACAAAUCGUUUGAUUCGUUCAAAUAAAUUACUUCACGAUUGUUUCGAGUUUGUGAAAAUUGAAAGAAAUAUCAAAAGUCUACUAAUACUUUAAAGUCUUCUAUUAAAUUGUUUUAAAUUUAUAACUAUAAUAAUAUUGUUAAGCGAUUAACGUGUUUUGUCGUAAGAGACUAAUUUCCCAUUGACGAUAAUUGUCGCUGAGAUAAUUAUCGAUAAAUUGGUAAUCGUGUAAUUGUUAACGUAAACGUAAAAUUGAAUUAACUAGUGUAAUAAACAGUAAGCAGAUAUUGUAAGAAGAUCGUUGCGUGUAAAUUUCUGCUCGAUUGUUAUUGAUCCAAGAGUGGAUUUACUCGUAAUAUCAUACUCGCAAAUUUUUAGAGUUAAAAAUAUUUCGAUAUCGCGAAAAUUUUUUCUCAGAAAGCUUGAUAUAUCAUCUCGAUGUAACGUUUCUGAAAUUUUUGCUUUUGAUGAUCACGUUUUGCGAAAUGAUCAUCAUAUAUGUUACACUACUGCUACGAUAUUAAAAUUAUAAAAAGAAAAAAAAAAACGAUAUAAAAAAAAAAUACGCGAAAGAAGAAAGAAAAGUGAAAUACACGUAUAUCUUCCGAAAAAUUGGAAAAAAAUAUACUAACUAAAGUUGUUAUAGAUUCAAACUUUUAAACUUGUAAAUUUUUUUUUAGCCGUGAAUCUUAUUAAAUUCACGAAAGUGAAAAUGAAAUAUUAGACUAUGUGUAACAUAGUCAGAUUUUUGAAGAAGAAAGGGGGAAAAAAAAGCAACGGAGCAUUAAAAAAGCUCAGAAAAAUAUGGAAAACGGAAUGGACGAAGUGUAUAAAGUAAAAUAACUUUUAAUUAAAAUCUUCGGAUCAACGUGUGUAGAUAUUGAAAGAUAAUUUGGAUUAAAUUGGGCUGUGUUAAUAAUGAAGCGAAACGAAAAUUAUUUUUUAGAGGUAAUGCUAUCACUGUAAGUUUAUCAGAAUAUUUACAAUUUAUUCUGACUAACUGACGAAUUGUUAAAAAGAAUACAAUUUAAAAAAAUUAUAAAUUCUACGUGUAAAGAAACGAUUACCUAUUAUUUGAAAAUAAUCAUUUCAAUGAUCUUGAAUUUUACAUAGCUCUAAUUCGAAAGCUUUAAUAUUAUGCGUCGAAUGGAACGCACUUGUACAGUAAAUAGAUAUAGCUGAACACUUGUUUCGUUUUAGAAAAAGUAGUACAAAACUAUGUAUUUGCGAAUCCGGCCGAAUCCUGUUAUGGCGUGUACGAUUAAAUGCGUCUUAUUUAUUUUA